AAUGACAACUUUAAAUGAAACUGGUGAUUUAUUUUAGGCUACGUGAAGAGAAACGUUUUCAUUAUUUGCACAGUUCACCUAUUGUGAUAACUAACUCAAGAACAAUGUCAAAUUCAACUUUAUCUUUAUCUUAUUUUAUUCUCGGAGCUUAUUUGCAGAUCGGACACUUAAGAUAUUUGUGUUUCAUGAUAACUGCUUUGCUGUAUGUUGUUAUAGUUGUAGUCAACAUGUCUCUGGUGCUGCUGAUCUGUGUGAACAGGAGCUUACAUGAGCCCAUGUACAUGUUCCUGUGCAGCCUGUUUGUUAAUGAGCUGUAUGGCAGCACAGGCUUGUUCCCGUUCCUCCUGAUCCAGAUCCUGUCAGACCUCCACACGGUUCCUGCUCCGCUCUGUUUUCUGCAGAUUUACUGUCUCUAUACUUAUGCCAGUACUGAGUUUUGUAAUUUAGCCGUCAUGUCUUAUGACCGGUACCUUGCUAUCUGUUGUCCUCUACAAUAUAAUGCUCGUAUGACAACAAACCAUGUCACUGUCCUGAUUAUUGCUCUAUGGUUAUACUCACAUGUUAAAUUUCUCAUCACUUUAUCCUUAAACCUUCGUUUGUCAUUUUGUGAAAACUCCCUAAACAGCUUGUUCUGCCGUAAUUACCUUGUUGUUAAAUUGGCCUGUUCUGACGUUAAGGUGAAUAACAUUUAUGGUCUCUUUGGUAUUUUCAUUUCUAUUGUUGUCCCUCUUGUUCCCAUCCUCUUCUCCUACAUGAAGAUCCUCAGAGUGUGUUUCUCUGGCUCUGGACAAACCCGUCAGAAAGCUCUGAGUACCUGCACGCCUCACCUCGUAUCACUCUUGAACUUUUCUUUCGGCUGCUGCUUUGAGAUUCUCCAGAGCAGGUUUGAUAUGAGCGGUGUGCCCAGUUUGUUGAGUAUCAUUCUCUCCCUGUAUUUUGUUAUAAUUCAGCCUCUUUUGAAUCCGAUCAUGUACGGAACACAAAUGUCUAUAUUACGAAAAACCUACAAGGAUGUAGUCUGUGUUAAAUUGCUGGGUUGUUACAAGGAACAAUUGCAAUUUUAG